UAUGGGCUAUUUCUAUGCCCAGCUCAUGUAAAAAUACCGUUAUUUUCCCGUGAAGAAGAAGAGGCAGGAGCGUAUUGAACCUCCACAUUCACCACCACCCGCUCCCCUUCCUUUCUCUCUCUCUCUCUGUGCAUAUAUAGAGAGAAACUGAAGAACCAGUUUUUAUUUCAUGAAGAGGUGAUUCUAGAGAGAGAGAGAGAGAGAUGGGAUCCGAGACAGAGCGCGACCCAAGCUCCACACCUAAAUUGUCUUUCAAUUCGCUUCCAAGCAAGCAAUUCGAAUCUCCAGGGAUGCCAACACCACCAUUCCAUGCCUUAGCUUCAGUUCCAUUCUCGUGGGAAGAUGAACCUGGAAAGCCUCGACCUUCCACCACCACCGCCACCGCCACCGCCGCAGCACCCCCCAAGUCCAAAAGGAGCUUAGAGCUGCCUCCAAGGCUGUUGACCGAUCAGGUUAAAGUUACCAACACGUCCUCCCCUACAACCGUGUUGGAGGGGCCUUAUCCCGGUCGUUCUCUCUCUCACACGCUGUCGUUUUCGUUCGGUAAAAGGUCAUUUAGGAGCCCUGACGGAGGGCUGCAAGCCGGCGAUGGGAAGAGAGAGAUGAGUAAGGAGAGAUGGAAUCUUAGUUCUUGCAGGUGGGGAAGUUUUAAGGAAAAUAGUACUGAAGUAGUGUUUGGGGCUAGUUUUGACUUUUCAGACUCUGCUAAUGUCUUUGAGACUGAUCGCACAAAAGUGAAGAUCACAAGGGUUAGAAGACGAAACAGCUUCUUCAGUUUCUCUCAUACACAUUCUAACCUUUGGGCAAGCAUCUAUGGAAGCUUCAAGCAAGCCGUCCCAUGGAGACGUAAUCAAGAAAAACAGAGGAAACAGAGGAGUUUGUGAUAGUAGCUUUCUGAUCUGCCACUUGGAGCUCUAAUUCUCAAUCUGAACUUUUAUGUCCAGAUAAAGGAUUAAUCUUCCCACUUUAUAUAUAUAUAUAUAUAUAUUAUAGUACAUGAGUUCAAACAUAAUGUAAUAAAUGGAUGAGCUAAGCUUCACUCUGUCUUCUUGUGCUGACAAUAUUGGUCCAUCUCUUGCUCACUGGACCUUCAUCAACUGCAAUAUGAUCUUAGUUAUAUAAUCCAUUAUGACACAAGUGUCUUGAUUUUAUGUAACUAAAUGUGAAGGGUGUCUAUGUCUAAAAUCUUAAUUGAUUGUUCA